AUGGGAAUAUUCUACAACAACCAAAUAGAAACUGCUGAAGAAGUUGUAGGAUAUGGUGACAGUGACUAUGCUGCCAACAUACACACAAGAAGAUCUCUAACUAGACUGGUGUUCACUGUUUUUGGUGGAGCAGUCAUCUGGAAAUCAAACCUACAAAAGGUAGUUGCUCUUUCAACAACAGAAGCAGAGUACAUGGCAGCUGCUGAAGCCUUCAAAGAAGCACUCUGGUUGAAAGGUUUGACAGCAGAACUUGGCUUAAACUCCAACAACAUAACCAUAUACUGUGCUAAUCAAAGUGCACUCCACUUGAUUUAA